ACCCUGCACAUCAAUCAACCGAGUCAGACUCAGAACUCUCUACCAGCCAUCACGACAUCAUGAGUUACGAGGCCAUGGCGUCCGUCGGCCAUCAGACCGCGGCCCAGCUGCUGCACAACAGGAGCGUGGUAGUGAUCGGGGACUCCAUCCAGCGGUCGGCGUACAAGGACCUGGUGCUGUUGCUGCAAAGGGACGGCUACCUGUCCGACAGCCAGCUCCGUAGGAAGGGCGAGCUCACCUUUGAGUCGGACUCCCUGGUGGAGGGCGGCUGCCUCGACCAAAUGCACAAUGGCACAAACUACCGGGAGGUGCGGGAGUUCCGCUCGACACACCACCGCGUCCGCUUCUACUUCGUGACGCGGGUGUUCUCAAGCUACAUGAGCAGCGUGCUGGAGGAUCUCCGGGCCGACGCCCCCGACGUGGUGUUGGUCAACUCCUGCAUCUGGGACAUCUCCAGGUACAAGGCAGCGUGGGAGGAGGACUACGCUGAGGACCUCCACCUCUUCCUGGGGCAGUUGAAGGAGGCGGUGCCCCGGGAGACGCUGGUGGUGUGGAACCUCACCAUGCCCCUGGGCCGGAGGGUCUUGGGGGGCUUCCUGACACCAGAGGUGGCGUCCCGGGCGGGCACGCUGCGCUACGACGUGGUGGAGGCCAACUUCCUUGGUGGCGCACUGGCCGACGCCUACGGUGCCGACGUGCUGGACAUGCACUUCCACUUCCGCCUCUCGCUGCAGCAGCGCACAAAGGAUGGCGUCCACUGGAACGCCCUGGCCCACCGCCGAAUGACCUGCUUGAUCCUGGGGCACGCCGCCGAAGCCUGGGGGGUGCAGCUGCCCCCGGCCCUCCCGCGGACCAGAACAGCCUUCGCCAUCGCGGGAAGCAUGCGCUGCGGCCUGGCUCCUCCACGCCCGGCCACCCUCCGCAGGCCCCCCUCUCCUCCUGCUCCUCGUAAAGUUCAGGUCAUCUUUGAGGACAGGCAGCCAAUCAGAGAGGCCCUCCAGCCGGCCUGUACACGCCAUGCUUACUACACUCCUGCAACAACCCCGGCUCCCAAAUUCCAGCCUUACCCGUCGGACCAGAACCAGCCCCCCGGGGCCCACUCUCCGUACAUCAUGAAGAAACAGCGCACCAGGUGGCGCCAACGCGCGCCCUACAGCAACAGCCAGCGGCCAUUCCUGGACGCGCCCUACCGCCAAGGCCCGCGCAAGGCCCCACAAUACAACCAGUGGUCACAGCACAUAGAGGCGGCCUACAACCAGCGGCUGCGCGAAGACGCACCCUACAGCCAGCCACUGCAACACAUUUUCUUUCCCUGAGCACAAAGCUACGGAGAGCUCUCUCCACAACGGACAAAUGUCUCCCUCGUUUUUAAUGUUUGCAUGUUUUUGUUUUUAAAUAUUGAGGGUAUUCAUCGAAUUGGUCUUCAUGAUUAUGUGUAUCUGGGAUUUUGAAGUCAUAAGACAAACUGACUGCUUAACGGUCAGUAAGCACUCGAUCGGGCCUCGGGUUACCCUGAAAGUUCAGCCCUUUUAUUAGCCCUUUUUGGUUCAACCAAUUGGUUUGUUACCUUGUGCUAGUAUUUUGGCUGCUCGACAUGCAAUGGUAAUGCUGUGUCGUCUUUUAAUGACUUUGCAUAAAGUGCUUAAUUUAUAUUUUUUCGAAACCACUGUUGCUGCAUACUUUUCUUCCUAACACAAAAGGCAGUCAAUAAAGUCUUGCAAUAUUUCCUUUAAA